AUGAAAAACAUAAAUCAGGGUGAAAAAGGGCAACAAGGAACUGAUCACAGACAAGUCAAGCCAAGGGAACAAGAGGAACAACAACAACAAAACACCAAGGAAAGGAGCAACCAGCAGCCACCUGAACAACAAAAGGAAGCAGAAUGGCAGAUGCCAAAAAGAAGAAACAAUAAACCACAGGAGGAGAAAACACAGAAGGCAGUGUGGCGACCAACCUCACCACAGAACAAAGUGUCAAAAGAACAACCACAACCCACAGUUCAACAAACAGUUGAAGGAGGGAUGGAUGAGGGAAGUCAGGAGAUACAUUCUAACAUCCAGGAAAGGGUAUCCAAAGGGGGGAAUUUGACUCAUGUUCUGCAUGAGGGAGUACACACUGACCACAAUCCUGACUUUAGAGCCUCUGCAACCCCUAUACCUCACCAGGCCAUGACAAAACAACAACAGAAACUGCAGCAAAAAAAGACAGAAACUACUUAG